UCCUGGUAAUUUUAUAAAUAUAUUUCUAUUUGUGAUCGGUAUGGGUGGAAUGUUGUUGUCUUCCAGCUCCAAGCAUUCUCCAUAUUUCCAAGAGGAGUUCAGAUUUGAAGAUAUCAUCCGGUUUGUACAUAGCAAUCAAAGUUGUGAUUUUUUUCUACAAGAAAUUCCAUCACUAAUUCGACAAGAGAAAUCGGCAUAUCAUCACAAUGAGGAGACUUGCAUACUUCUAACUUCGUUCGACCAUUUGUCAUCAAACGAAAGUCUUCGGCUUAGCGGUGUUGUUGUGAGGUUCUAUGCAAAUGUCAAGGAAUAUGAAUUUUCUGUGAUGCCUAACCAAUGCAAAGGAAACAGCUUAUUCAACGAAAUUCAGAUUCAUGCCUCAUGUCAACUUACAAAAGCACAUAGCGGAAAUAUGUGCGAUGAUGGAAUAGGCUGCAACAUUGAAAAAUAAUUCUGCAGGAAGCUAUUUCAGGAUAAAAGUGAAAAAGAACUUUGUAUUGCACGGCGCAAUCUUUUUGAAUCCUGUGACAAGGAAAUGCCGUGUACACAAAGCACUAAAUGCAGAAAUAGGAUCUGCCAUUGCAAGAAAGGAUUUAAAGUCAUCGAUAGUACAUGCUUGCCUGUUGGGAUGUCUUUGAACGAAUCAUGCUCUCACGACCGUCAGUGUACUGGUACUGCAAACGCCGGGAGGUGUCAACAGAACAAGAAGAGUCCAGGUGGUGGUGUCUGUUCCUGUGACCCAGGAUUCUUUCAAGAGGGUUCGAACUGUUCACAAGGUAACCGACACCUUUUCCAAUCUUGUGAAUCACACAGACAAUGUACAGGAACUUAUGGGGCACGGGAAUGUAAGGUCAUCGCUGGUAUAAAAAUGUGUCACUGUCCGAAUAAUCACAGAGUCGUUCGAAACUUUUGUUGGAAAGUUGGGUCAGUCAUAGGGGAGACGUGUACAAUCAAUGAAGAAUGUACCGGUACACAAAAUGGCGGAAGAUGUGUCUACAACGAGGGUACACGGACUCAAAUAUGUGCCUGCGAUGCCGAUUUUCUAAGAAAUGGUUCAUAUUGUUUACCAGUCAACAAAACUCUGUUUGAGACUUGUGAAGUAGAUGAUCAGUGCAAUGGAAUGUUGGGUUUGGGGAUCUGCAGAACAGUUGGUGAUCAGAAGGUGUGUGUCUGUGGACCUGAAUACAUAGAGGAUAUGGCUUCUUUAACAUGUCGGAAAGUUGAGAAGAAAAUAUUUGAGGAGUGCACAAUGGAUGCCCAAUGCACUGGGACAAAGAAUGCAGAUGUCUGUAAAUACAAUAAGGAGAGCCAAACUAACAGCUGUGCUUGCAAGGAUGGAUUUGAAUGGAUGAAUGCAUUAUGCGUACCAAUUGGUAGACAGCUGCUUCAAUCCUGUGAGUUUGAUUUGCAAUGCAACGGGACUGCAAAUGCAACUAUGUGUGGAUUAUUUGGAAAGAGAUCACUAUGCUUUUGCGAUAAAGGCAUGCUUGAGUUUAAUGGGGCGUGUAUCGAAGCUGGUAAAGGUUUUGGUGAAUCAUGUGAAAUUGACAGACAGUGUACAGAAACACUACAUGCUGGUUUUUGUGGUGAAAAUAGUUCGUGUUCCUGUGAUAGAGGGUUCAUCAGAGAAGACAAAGACUGUAUUAAAGGUGGAUGGAAUCAAGAUAUGAUAUAUCAAUUCAUGUUGUUCGGAGCAAGCGGACAUCUGUUUGGAAUAUUUUGUUUGAUUGGUAUAAUUAUAUGUAAAUGUAGAAGAAACCCAUUAUCCAAAAGUGGAAGGUUUGUGGUACAGACAGAUCAAGAACCCAGCAACCGUCAAUCCAUUCUGUAUGCCGUGCCCAGUGAUAUUGGGAAUUAUAUGGUGUGAAUGGAGACCCCAAAGGACCUUCAGCGCUUGUUCACCUAGAUACCCAAAGAGUAGCAAAUUAAUCUUACAAUCACCUACACGAAUCUGUGGAACAGAAAAAAGACAAUGUGUAUUCUGAGCUGGACUCUUGUGAUGACGUGUACAACCACCUCCAUGAAAAUGAUGCACCAUUGUGUGAAGGCGUGUAUGAUGUCACAGAAAAUGUCUUUAAUGACCUGAAACACAGUUCUGAUGGUGACUCUGAAUCUGUUUGUCUCUAUGAUUUUGCUGGACCUAUUAAUGCUAACAUGUUUUAAAGAUACAGCAGGUGCACGCGUAAAGCUUUAUAUAUUCUUUCAAUUGUUGAUAUAAAAAUCACAAAAAUGAUGUACCAUUGUAUUAGAACGUGUUGCUCUAAUCAGGAAGACAAUUUGAUUUUGGCAGUUCUUCAACUG